CAAAAAAACUACACUACCCAGAAUACAUCGGGACCGAAGCAAACAACUGCCCUCUCGUGGCGGGGAGCGUGACGUUCGAAUGACUCCCGCGGCCAAAAGGCGCAGUGAGAAAACUAUCCUACCCAGAAUGCCAGUGGGAUGAGGUCUGCGUUGGGCCUGGGUUAAGCGGCGUCACAGGAUUUGAGAUGUCCAAAAAGAAAUCCAAGAAGUCUAAGCAAAAAGAGGGAAGUUUGGAUGCCUUGGAUAACAAACCUUCUUGUUCUAAGACUACCAGUAAUAAAACAAAGGCAUGCAGCUUGGCAAGCUCAACACCUUCCUCAGAGAAAAGAAAAUGGAAAUCAGAAGAGACCGGAAUCUGUAACAUAAGAGGACAGUUAGAAUUUCAAAGAUUCAAAGGACAUAAAUAUGUUGAAGAAAAGAAACAAAAGCCAAGUUCUUAUGUUCCACAAGGCACUAUUGAAGGGUUCCAGGGAGAGUCUUCAAAUGAUAGCAAAACAAUCAGUGCUGUUUUGAUUCAAACUGAGAAGCGAAAAAGGAUAUCUAUACGGUUUAAACAGAAUGAUGUUAAACAUGGAAGAGAGAAAAGCCAAAGUGAUUCUGGUGUGGUCCCUACUAACAGGGAAAGCUGUAAAAAAGACUACUAUUUUGAGAAUGAUGGAACAGGAGGGAAAAUGGUGCGGCAUAGUUUUGCAAUUCAGAAAGACAAGUUGAGGAGGAAGAAAGAGAAAACUGAGCUCAGCAAACUAAAGGCUAGAGUUGAACAAACUAUGUUGGAGAAGUUCAAGGUAGCUACUUCUCCUACAGACUUGCUAAGUAAGAAGUUGCAUGGAUCAAAAAAAUUGAGUAGUGAUUUCAGAAUUCUGCAAAAGCCCUCAGCCACCUUUCCAAAGACUGCAGGAGAUGGCAGUUUCCCCAUUAAUAUAUCACACACAUCAUCAAAGACUUGUAAGAAGAAAAAACACCUACAAAACUCCAAAGAACUAUCUAACAAAAAUCACCAUGAUACUAAACAUAUGCCAUCAUUUAAUUCAACUGCAACAUCUCACGAAUGGCAGUAUCUUAAAGAGAAAAAACAGCAUCCUGAUUCCAGCAAAACUGUUAGUAGUUCAAGAACUGAAGGAAGGACCUUUGAAGCCAUACCAUUACAUUUAAGACAGAGCUCUGAAGUCCCAUGCCCUUCUGCCUCCCAUCAAGCCAUUCAGAUUACAGAAACAGACCAAGAGAUGCAAAUAAUAGAAGACUUGCAUGCUGCUCGAAUUGACAAAAAGAUGGCUUUGCCAGUCGUACAGACUUGUGGAGAAUUGACAAGUAUGGAAAUAGAUCUUCCGGAAGAGAAUGCAGAUAUUCCGGCUGCAACUGCUACUUCUGGUUUGAACCUCUUGAUAGUGAUUGACACCAACAUAAUGAUUAGUCACCUGCAGUUUAUCAUGACUUUGAAAACUAGUGAUAUACCAGGCAUUGGCAGACUUGCACUGAUAAUUCCCUGGGUGGUUCUACAAGAACUGGACAACUUGAAGAAAGGCAAAGUACUACAACAUGUUCGGCACAAAGCUGUCCCUGCAGUUGAGUUCAUCUAUACUUGUCUCAAAAACCAAGAUUCAAAGCUGUGGGGGCAAUCCAUGCAGCUUGCCUCUCAGAAAAUAUAUGGAUUGAGUGAUGAAAACAAUGAUGAUCGUGUUUUACAGUGCUGCUUGCAGUAUCAGAGUCUUUUCCCUCAAGCUUUUGUCAUACUGUGCACGGAUGAUAAAAAUUUAUGCAGCAAAGCCCUGGUGAGUGAUGUAAAGGCCCUAUGCAAAGCAGAUUUGGUUACUGCGCUCCAGAACCUGAAUGUGAACAGCCAUGAGAACUGUAUUGGCCUACAACAAUCAAAAACAGAUACUGGGUCCCAGAAAACCAAGAGGGAAGAUCCCAGCCUUACAACUCCACUCCUAAGCAUUGUUCCUGACCUUGAGAAAAGUUUAGGAGAAGCUUUAUCCUCGAUAUUAGAAACUGAAAUGAAAAUUGCUUUUGGAAACUUGUGGAUGGAGGUGCUGUAUCUGAAGCCCCCAUGGACCCUAGCAAGCUUACUGCAGUGCUUUAAAAAACACUGGAUGGCCGUAUUUGGCUAUAUUGUGCCAAGAAGCUUACUUGCAACCAUUGAAUGCCUGCAUGAACAUCUUUGUAAAGGUAAGACAGUUGACCACAUAACAGCAAACAUCCUGCUCCAGGAAUCUAAAAAGCUAUUGCAUGCUUUCAGCUCAAGGUCAGACUAUGAUGGUGUACUUCCACAGGCUUUUGCUUAUGUGACUAAACUGCUCCAGAUGCUUGCAGAGGUUCAGUCAGACAGUGGACAAAAAUCAUCAGAAGCCCUGACAGCUCUUUCAGAAAACACUGCAGGUUCAAAAAUGGAAGAUGUAAGGCUGCAUCUGCAAACAUGUGAGGAAGGCAAGUCAUUGUCAAACACUCAGCUGUCCCAAGAUAAAAGACAUCAGGAAAUCUGGUCUGUCCUUGAAAGAAUUUGGAAUACAAUAAACCUGUACAGUACUGAAAUUUUCCAGAAGCUGGAUCACAAUAUAAUCACUACCACCACUGCAAAGAUCUCUUCAUUUGAAGAAGCUUUUUUAGGCCUACAGAAACUGAUGGCAGCUGUGAAGAAUAUUCUUGCAGGGAUUCGUAGAAGUUUCAGCUCAACACUUACCUACGUGCCAAAAACAAAUGGCCAGGUUAUCAAAAGAACUCAGCACACUGAGUGUCACAAUGGGAGCUGCUGGGUGCCGAGCACUCUUGAAAAGCUGGCCCAUUUGUUGGUGCUGAGCAUUUGAAAAUCUGUCCUGUAGUGCUUGAAUUUUAGAAAUUAUUGAACACCUGUAACUCCCAUUAACUUCAGUUGGAGUUGUGGGUGCUUGCCUCUUCUGAAAAUCUUGCCUCUUACUUCGGUGUAGCUGAACUCUUGGAAAUCUGUCCCUUAGCGCACACAGGACUGACUGGCUGUGGGGUAUGAAACCGUUCAUUUGCAGUUUUUGGGUUUGAAUGUGGCCCAGAUUAGUAAGGGAUGAAAGUCCAUUACUUUCUAAUUCUAGUUCAGUGGCCUGUGGGAAAUGCAUGGAGGUGUCAUUAUUUUUGUCAAUUUCUAAACGUAUACGUGACAGAAUCACUAUCUUAAUGAAAAUGAAUUGGAAACGGUGCUGUUUCCAUUUCCAUGUUAAGCAGAGAUAGUUGCUAAGGGAAACUUGUGCCACUCAAAGGCAUGGAUUAUUCCAAGGCAGAACAGUUUGGUAAAAUUAACCAUUUUAUUCUCUGGAUCAAAUAUAUCCCAAUACAAAAGGCCAUUUCUGUAUCUGUAAAUACAUGAAAAUUGCUCAUGCCAAAGAAUGAGAAUGGAAUAGCUUUUGUUCUGUCUAUAACCAUAUUUGUUCUGUCUAUAACCAUAUUUUAAAUUGACAAAAGAAAACAUUUUAUUAUGUUUAUCUUUUUUAGAAGGUUUUAAACUCCUUAAAUUAAUCCUCUCAGCCAGAUUGUAAAGCCAAGCAAAUGUACUUAAACUUUGUUCUUUGCCAGCAUUCAGUGCUUCAUCUGUUCCUUAUGCUGAAGGUUAUGAAAGAUAUUUUAAAUUCAAGGAUGUCUCUACAGUUGUUCAGGUGGUGAGAAAAUUCCAGUGACUGAGGAGGAGAAGGGCUGAUUGUUCUGUGGAAAUCUAAUAGCUUCUCUCCUCAGCAUAUUCUAAAGCCAAUGUAAUCUUUAUGUAAUCUUAAAAUACAUGCUAAAGGGUUAUUGCAUAGAUGAUAUUUGUUAAAUUUUCAGAGUUGGUUAGAGUUUUGUAUGUAUUAGGGUUUAUUUUGGAGUCAAAUACUUUGAUGUACUAACUUAGGGCCUGAUCUUGUAAAUCUUUACUGAGACUUUAAAUAGUCCUCCCGAAGUCAGUGGACGUAUUCAUACAAUAAAUGGUUUUCAGGAUUGUGCCUCACUG